UUGUUUUGAAGGAAAAAUUAAUUUAUAACUUUUAUUCAAUUUUUAUCAACAUAUUAUUUCAAUGGUAAUUAUUAGUUUAUUAUUUUUUAUAAAAUAAAUUAUGAUUGGCCCUUGUUAUUUAGAAAAAAAAAAGGGGAGAAUUUUAAAGGCAACAUGUAAAUAUGAUUUAGAAAACGACAUCGCUUUAGCCCACUCAUCAUUGGUCUCCUUUUAGCACCUCCUCCAUCCCAACGAUUAGUUCCAGGUGACCGUUGAAGGACCCAAAAUUCAAAAUCUCGUAAGCCUCCAAAUAAACAAGCAAUGAAUCACCGUAAGAACAUUCAAUCACAUCGAAAAUUCAUAAACUCAAGAAAAAAAAAUUGAAAAUAAGAAGGGAAACGAGAACUCUGAAAAUCUUCAAAUCACAGCUCUGGCGCAAGAAUCACCAAUCUUGGUUAAAUCCAAUUACUGGUUCAGGUCAAGAAACCAAGAGAUCAUAAAAAAUGGGGUACACAUACACACCAGCAUACUACUCCACCCUCCAUGAUUCAAUCAUCUCUCUCUGCAAGUCUGUCCUUCCUUUUUCCUUCAAGAAACGGAGGCUGCCUGCCGCAGAACACAGGCUCUCCAAGCUGCAAUCUAAUAACUUGAAAUGGCAGCAAGAUUCUUUCCACCAGAUAUUGAACUUGAUGGGGCUCUACAAGGAAGGAAUCUUAGCUGAGAAUGAGGUCUCAGCUUUUCGAACGCAUUUGCUGGAGACCCUUAUUGCUUCUCCAACUGAACAUGAACAGCCAGUCAUUUUGAGAGAUAAAUUGGUCUUCUUGCAGGAGCUCCUUUAUGCAAAAUGUAUAUCAGAAGAUGAGUACCAUUUUUCAAAGAGACCAUUGUUACAGAGGCUAGCAGUUCAAGGGGCAGAAACUGAGGCAAGAGAUGUUACUGUUGCUGGCCCCAAAGACCUGAGAGAGAAUCCAGAAGAGGAGUGGUCAGUCAUUGAUUUUAAAGAUGAGAAAAGCUUGGUUGCUAAAGAAAAUUUAUCCUCUAAAAGCAUAUCAAAGCCUCACUCAGCAAUCAAGCAAACUAAAGGAGCAGCCUCAGCUUUUGGCUUUGGAUCAUCUCACAAGCAAACAAAACAAAAGGAAGAGAAGAGCAUAUUUGAAAUUGAAGCACGAUACCCACUUCGGGAUAGCAAUUUGAGGAAUAAAGAAAGCGAAAUGAAGUCUAUUCUCAUGCAAGAAAGCUUACCAAAUGAAUCCACAAAGGAAUGUGGAAGCACUGAUAAGGCAAAGAGGAAACCCUUUAGGACUCUGUUCCAAAGAGAGCAGAGGGAGGCUCAUUGUGGCAGCGGCAGUAGCGAUAAUUGUAUCAAUUCUGAAGAGAAAGUGUCAAAAUCAGCAAAGAAGCAAUGGGGUUUUGAUGGUUUUAAGAAAUGGAAGAAAAAUGAUUCAGAUGAUGAGACUGCUCCGUUGCCUCUCAAUAACGAAAGAUUAGCAUCUUGUCACCUUGUUAAUACCCCCGUUGGAGAAGGACCAGACACUAAACUGAUAAAGAGAAAGCUGCAUUCAAACGGUUCUCCUUCAGAUUUUUCCAUUGACAAGGUUUCAGGGGACAAGAUAAAGAAGGAACUAUCACGAAUUCAAACAGAACUCUGCACCACAAACACCAAUCUUAAAUUCUCGGAUGACCAAAUGGAAGCAAUUUCCACCAAGUAAGUCAGUAGAAUUUUUCUGUCUCCCAUUUCUUUACGAAACUUAUGACUAUAGAAACUAAUGCUAACAACUAUUUUCUUUUGUUUAAGGUCCUGGUGUGAUCGGUAUGGUGAUGUCGUAUUGGAUGUAGUGAAGAAAGAAUUCAAGGACCAUGUUGGAGAAAUGGAGAACAUGAGAAAUGCUUCUAGGGAGAAACACAGCUACAACUCAAAGCGAUGGACAACAUUUGAAGAUGACAAUGAUGAUCAUGAGAAUUUUCACCCAAAUCUCUUUGCUUACAGCAACAGUAACAUGUGUUUUGAAAAUAACAAUCCCUUCUUCCAUGAUUACAGCAGUGAAAGCAAUGGAAAUAAGCUGAGAUCCAAAUCAUCAUCCUCUUUUCAAGAUCAAAACCCCCUUUGGUCUCCAAGGCAUGGCCAUACUUUGCUUGGUUAGAAAGCAGAGAAAGUAUACGAGUAUUUGUUUACGGUAUUCCAUCAAGUAUAGGGAGAUGGAUUUGUAUGUUUAAA